AUGGCCACCAUGACCACCAUGACCACCAUCAACCCCAACCCCAGCCCACGCCCCCAGCCCCCAGCCCUCCCAAAGCUCCCCAUCCCGCCCCUCAGAGACUCGUGCACCAGGUAUCUCAGGGCACUCGAAGCACUCCAGACCCCCAGCGAGCAUGCAAAGACCAAGGAGGUAGUCAGGGAGUUCCUGGAAGAGGGCGAGGGCGACGUGUGGCAGAAGAAACUCGAGGAGUAUGCCAAAGACAAGGAGAGCUACAUCGAAGAGUUUUGGUAUGAGAGCUAUCUCUCGCACUCGGAUUCUGUGGUCUUGAGCCUGAACCCCUUCUUUGUCUUGUCCUCCGACGUUACACCUCGAGCCAAUCCUCAGCUCUCUCGCGCAGCUGCACUCAUAACGUCCACACUCUUCUUCAUUCACGAUCUCAGAAAUGGCUUGCUCCAGCCUGACGCGAUCAAAAACAAGCCCUUGGACAUGAGUCAGUAUGAGCGUCUCUUUGGCACUUGUCGAGUUCCCACAGACACCGGAUGCAGGAUGGAAGUCCAUGGUGAUAGUCGACACAUUGCUGUCGUAAGGCGUGGCCAAUUCUACUGGUUUGAUUGCCUCGACUCCAAGAACCGACCGCUUCUCUCUGACCGUGAAAUCUUCCGGAACCUCGAUGCCAUCGUCAAGGAUGCCGAAAAGACCCCUACUGCUCAGAUUGCCGAAAAAUCUCUCGGUGUCCUCACCACCGAAUCCCGCAAGAUCUGGUCCGGCCUCCGCUCAGACCUCAUCAACUCGAACAAACACAACCGUUCCUGCCUCGACGUCGUCGAAUCCGCCCUCUUCAUCAUCUGCCUCGACGACACUGAACCCGUCGACACUGCCGAGCUCUGCUCCAACUUUCUCUGUGGAGGGUACAAGCUGGAAAGCGGGGUUCAAGUUGGUACGUGUACCAAUAGGUGGUAUGACAAGCUGCAGAUCAUUGUCUGUGAGAAUGGCGAGGCCGGAGUCAAUUUUGAGCAUACGGGUGUCGAUGGGCAUACCGUACUGAGGUACGCGGCAGACGUCUAUACCGAACUCGUCUUGCUGUUCGCAAAGACCAUCAACCCCUCCACUCCCUCCUUGUUCAAAGCCAAGAUGUCUCCCUUUGCCAAGUCUGGAAAAGCGCCACCCCCUACACCAGAGGAAGAAAUCGAUACCACCCCCAAAAAGCUUGAAUGGCAGCUCACCCCGGAUUUGCGCGCGGGUAUCAAGUUUGCAGAGACGCGGAUCAGUGAUCUCAUUUGUCAGAAUGACAGUCAGGCGCUCGAAUUUAAGGGGUAUGGAGGGGCAUUUAUCAAGAGGCAUGGGUUCAGUCCGGAUGCUUUCAUACAGAUGGCUUUCCAGGCGGCGUACUAUGGGCUUUAUGGACGAGUUGAGAGCACAUACGAGCCGGCUAUGACAAAAGCUUUCUUGCACGGUCGAACCGAGUCUAUUCGUACGGUCCAGCCUGAGAGUUUCUCUUUUGUGAAGACCUUCUGCUCCGACUCGGCCACCGUCCAAGAAAAAGUCAGCGCCUUGCGCAAGGCAUGCAAAAGACACUCUGAGCUCACUGCAGAGUGUUCAAAAGGUCUCGGACAAGAUCGCCAUUUCUAUGCUCUCCACUGCCUUGCUCAGAAAGAAGUCAUGGCUUACGACCCCCCAGGUGCCGAUACCUUUAGCCCUGUCAUCGACCUCGAGCGCCCUACCAUUCCUGCCCUCUUCACCGACCCCGGCUAUGGGCUUUUGGGGACGAGUGUCUUGAGCACGUCGAAUUGCGGGAAUCCCGCGUUGAGAUUGUUUGGUUUCGGGCCGGUCACGCCGGAAGGCUAUGGCAUUGGAUAUAUCAUCAAAGAAGACGGUAUCUCAGUCUGCAUGUCCUCCAAACAUCUCCAGACCCGCCGUCUCCUCUCCACCCUCCACGCAUACCUCCUCGAAAUCCGCAGCAUGCUCAUCCUCCUCUGGAAGGACGCCAACGAGCGGCCCGAGACGUCCUUCAUGGACCAUUUCGGUGUGCUCCGAGACUCCAAAACGGGCAAGGCGCUGCAGAUGGUGGAGCAGGAUGAAGCAGGGGAGGGGAGAGAUUUCGGGGAAGAGGGCAUGGGCGGAUUUGGGUUCUUUGAUGUAGAGACGCAGACCCAGAUGCCGCAGUCGAGAAGAAGGAGAACAUUGGUGGGAAAGACGCUCAGUAUUGCCGAGUACUAG